CAGCUAUUAAAUGUUUCAAUAGUGAAAUAAUGGCUACCUUGUGCGAGUUGGCAAAGAAAGGCAUAAAAGUUAAUUUUGUCUGGUCUAAAGCACACUCAGGAAUACGCGGUAAUGAGAUAGCUCACAAGGCGGCCAGAGAAGCUUGUUUUGUAGAAACUAUCGAGUACAAAAAAUAUGUUUCAAUAAACGAUAUAAAUAAUAAUUCUAAAAAUAAUAUGCUAGCCUCAUGGAAACAGCGAAGGAGCAUAUAUUGUAGUAAUUCUAGAAACCUGUAUGCAAUAAUCAAUCCUUUUUUACCAGUCAGGUCAUCACACAUUUUCGAUUAUCAUGGUAGAUUCGGAGACCACCUUUACAGAAUGGGAAUCAUUGAUAUUGUAUACAUAGAAAAAAGUUUUGAGGCGUAAACAGUAGAUUUAAACUAUAUUUUCUUUGAAUGCACAGGAAAUGAGCCUCAUAUGUUUCUAAUUUAAUACAAAGAUUAAUUUUGGAGGAUCAGAUAUCACGUCCAAUCCAA